AACCGCAGAGCUAAAUGGCGUCGACAGGAAAAAAUGGACGCGAGCGCCAUGAAGCUCCACGACUCCCCCAUGCUCUCCUUCAACCGUUCGGCGUCCGUCCACCCCAGCGUGGGGCCGGUGACCAAUUCGCUGGCGCUGGACCCCUGGCUGCCCUCGCCUCUGUCCAGCGCCACACCGGUCCACAGCAUCCCGGGCUUCAUGAGUCCAGCUCAGGGCCUCCAGCCCGGCUAUCCGAGCCACAGCUUCAUCAACGUCACCCCCCACGCUCCCCACUCCCAUCCUCAUCCUCACCCCUCCAUGGGGCAGGGGAUGCAGAGCAUGGCUCCUCCUCCGUACCAGUGUGCAGCGGCAUACCCUGAGAAGUUCCCACUGGAGAACGUGGACCAGCGGAGCUCAAGCAUCGCUGCUUUAAGAAUGAAAGCCAAGGAGCACAUCCAGUCUAUGGACAAAACAUGGCAACCCAUGUGAGCGCAUGAGUCCAGGGAAUCAAAUCGAAAUGAGAAAAGGUGGAUUUUAAACUGUGAAAUUUUACUUUUUUCUAGGUUUUUCUAUUAACUAAUUCUAUUUUUUCCUGCUGUGUGGGUACAUAUUUUGUUUUAAUGACGCCAAGUAGCAGAAAUAUGGAGUCAAAUCAGUAUCAGCUUAAAGGGAAUGAAAAGCAAUAUUGAAAAUGUGAUAAAAAGGCUUUGUAAAUUAAAAAUAAUAAUAAUAAUAAUUUGAAAGCAGCUUUAAACUCGAAAAUACACAUUGAUUAUAAGAGCUCAAAGCCCCCUCCCCACAUGAAAUUAGGAUCAGCUUGGCAGCGA